AUGGCGCGGAAUGUCUCAUGCCGCUUUGUUUAUCUGGACGAUGGUAUCUCGGGGCAUAAACAGCGCUUAGAUGCUGUCGCUGCUAGUAUAAUUCACAAGAACAAUCUAACUUUAUCCGGUUUGGUUGCUAAUGAUGAGAAGUGUCAUUGGGAACCAAUGCAGGUUGGGGAAUGGCUUGGCCAUUUUGAAAUUCCGCCUCGCAAGAUAGAGAAAGCCAAGAAAAAUAUCGAGUCUGUUUUGUCCUCAAAGUGUAUUUCAUAUAGAGAACUUGCUAAAAUUGCUGGUUUUAUUAAUUCUCUCUAUUUAGCUGUGGGGCCUUCGGUAAGGCUUUUCACUCGGCAGCUUUUUUAUACGAUUUCCCAGCGAGGCUCCUGGUCCGAUUACGUUACUGAUAUUCCGCCUCUCCUAGUUGAAAAAUUAAGAUUUUGGUUAACUAAUCUUGGCUGUCUUAAUGGGUACUCCAUGACGCCCAAGGUGUCGGCCGAACCACUCUAUAUAUAUACAGAUGCUAGUAGCUUUGGUUACGGCGGUUAUUUGGCCUCAUCGCAUGAAUUUAAAGCUCAGGGCCAUUGGACUUUGCAACAAAAAGUCAAAAGUUCAACAUUCCGAGAAUUGUUAGCUAUAUUGCAGGUGUUAAAAGUAUUCCUCAAGCAUUUAGAGCAUAAGAGGAUAAAAGUAUUUUCAGACAGUCAAAGUGCGUGUCGCAUCGUUCUAGUUGGUAGUAGAGUUCCCGAACUUCAACACAUUGCAGUUGAAAAUUUCAACCUUUGUUUUUUCAGUGACAUACAGAUUGAAUCGCAAUGGAUACCUCGAACACAAAAUCAGAUUGCCGAUGCAUUAAGCAAAGCAACUGAUUUAGAUGAUUGGCAGUUACAACCACAAUUAUUCAACUUAUUACAUGCCAAAUGGGGUCCUUUCAGCAUCGAUCGGUUUGCCUCUAGUCAUAAUAAGCAAUUGCCGCGAUUCAAUUCACGUUUUUGGUGUCCAGACGCUGAGGCGGUUGAUUGUUUUACUCAAAAUUGGUCAAACGACACAAAUUGGUUGUGCCCGCCAGUGUCUUUAGUUAUACCUACGAUUCCGGCAUAUGUGCAGCUGCAAGGGUAAAGGCACGCUUAUUGUGCCAUAUUGGCCUUCGGCCAUUUUUUGGCCUAUGAUAAUUGCCCGGGCCAGAGUGGUAUGCUUCAUUUAUUAAAGAAACAUUAGUUUUACCUAAGUGUCCACAGAUGUGUAUUCCUGGUAAAGGGCAGUUAAUUGCAUAUCAGAGCAAGCCAUCGGUUUUCAUGGGUACACCAAGCUUUGACUUGUUGGCUUUGCGAAUUGCAUGCAUGUUAGCAGUUCGUGGCCUUUAGCGCCGAUGCCAAUUUUUGGCCUAUUUCAUUAAUUUGUGCUCUUUCAUUAUUUUGUGCUCUUUCGAGCUAAGAAUAAAGAGUAUGUAGUUGACCUUGUGGUUUUGUCUUGUCAUUGCCUGGCGUAAUAUGCCUUUUUUGAGCUGCCCGCGUUUUACAGUUUUGCUAUUUAUAUACUAUUUAUCAAUGUUGAUUUAGACGAAUUUCGAGUUGGUGUGUGGAAAGAUUGUCUUCAGAUUCAGGAUCGUUCACUGUUGCGUUUGGCGUUGUCACUUCCCGAAGUCGUGUUGAGUGCUAAAGCUCAGACUACUACGUCACAUUAUGCUUAUGCUUGGAAUCGCUGGAAGACGUGGUCUAAGUCUAAGCUUGGUGUCGCUUAUCUUCCAGCUCAACCCAUGUGUGUUGCGUUGUAUCUACGUGAUCUGUUAGAAUCUGCACAGACUUCUUCUCCAAUCGAUACCGCUAUUUAUAGUAUUCGAUGGGGACAUUCCAUGGCUGGUUUCCCAUCUCCGACCGAUCAUCCAAUUGUCAAAUCAACUUAUGAAGGUUGUAAAAGAAUUCUUGCAAUAUGUUGCGACGGUUGGUGGACAUGCAUGGCCACAGCACCGCAUCUCCAGCCGACCUUCGUCUACUCUUCAUUGUUCUAGUUGGCUACAGCGGGUUCUUAAGUAUAAGUGAAAUACUGGCCAUUCAAUUAAAGCAGAUAGAAAUUGUUUCGCAUGGUAUGUCUAUAUUUGUUCCAAGACGUAAGAACGACCAGUUUAGAUCGGGAAAUACGAUUCAUAUAGCCAGAUCGGGCAAAUCCACUUGUCCGGUGGCUAUUACCGAGCGACUGUUCCAAAUGUUACCUGAUAAUUCUGAUUCUUGUAAUCCAGUUGUACGUACAGGUGUAGAAUUAAGUACG